UACGGAAAUACAGUGAGAUAAGCAGGGCGUCCGCGUAGUUUUACUCCGUCUUUUAAUUGCAUGCAGUGUGUGCAUCUUUGGUGAAAAGCAGACAUUGCACGUGAAGUACACCUCCGGGUUGUGUGUGAGAUUCUUCUUCUCUCCUUCUAUGGAUUUAUUGCCGCUUCUGUCAUGGGCCUGCAUCGUGUUCACAGUCGGGAUGUUCUCGACUGGACUGACCGACCUGAAGAAGAUGAGAGAAUCCAAAAGUGCUGACAACAUCCAGUUUCUCCCCUUCCUCACCACAUGUCUUAAUAACCUGGGCUGGUUGUAUUAUGGGAUUCUGAAGAAGGAUCAGACAAUCAUCCUGGUCAACGUCAUCGGAGCUCUACUCCAGAUCCUCUACAUCAUCGUGUACCUCCACUACACCACGCAAAAGAGGCUGGUGAUAUCCCAGACUCUAGCUGCAGGGGUGGUGCUGACCUGCGGUUGGUUCUACUUCACAACAGUUCUUCCCGAGGGAGAGACUCAGCUCAGCCAGCUCGGCCUCACGUGUAGCGUGGUCACUGUCAGCAUGUACCUGUCCCCGCUCACCGACCUGGUAAAGAUAGUGCGCAGUGGUGAUGUGCAGUGCUUGUCCUUCCCUCUAACUGUAGCAACCUUCUUCACGUCAACCUCCUGGGUCCUGUAUGGCCUGCAGCUGGAUGACUACUAUAUUGUGGUUCCAAACACACCUGGGAUCUUCACCAGCCUCAUCAGAUUUUAUCUGUUUCGGAGAUUUGCGUCUGUCAAUCAGAGCUCGCCGUCCUAUAAAUCUAUGCAGAUAUAAGGAUAUUUAUGAAAAGAGAUGACACAUCUGUUGACGCUGUGGAGGGCUGCAGCGAAGAUCUCCCAUCACCUGUCUUGUACUUUUAAUCAUACAGAGAGACAGUGGAGAGAAACAAACGGCACCACUGAUGACGUGGAGACAAUGUAGUGUUUGUCAUCAUGUCCGGGGGGGGGGGGUUAUAAGUUAUUAAGUAGAGUGAAAAAAAAAAAAGUCUUUGAUUCAACUAUUUUCUGUCUGCAGCUAUUUGUUAAACCUGUGACCUGUGUUUCCUCUCCGUGUCCUUCAAGUGCCUUCUGUUAGAUCCUGUUUGCCAUUAAAGAUUAAUGGCAGUUACUGAUCUACCAACAUGUCAGGAGACUCGCAGUCCGUCUGUAAUCCAGUGAGUCGGAUUGAACCGUCCUCACCUCAUACUAGCCAAAGAUUUUAUGUAAGUUGUAACUUGCUGGCUGCUAUUUUUAAUAUCACAUAUAGUCGAUCUCUUCCCUGGUACUCAUGUAUGGAAUAAUGUAGUAAAUAGUUUCAUAUUUUUCCCUGGUGAGGCACAGAUGAUUUCAUAUCCCCUUUAGAGUUGGCACUCAUACUGUGCAGAUAGAAUAUUGAGUCAUAUCUGUGGCAGUGAGUCAUAUUUGUUCAGAAAUUGUUUACAAUAUAUUUUACGUCCGAGUCUUUUGGUACAGAAUGUGUAUGCUGGCUCAUGUCUGAGAUUAAAUAUCAUCUACUUAUAUUGUUAAUGCUAUUUUUUAUAAGCAAUUGUGUAAGAGAUUAAAUGUGAUGAAAGACGAUAUUAACACCACAGGAUUUGUUUAUAAGAACGAAUGAUGUUUAUUUUUCUGGUGGCUGGUUGGGUAAUAGAGUGUCGCUUGUCUCCUCAUUAUUUUCUGUAAUAAGGACGUGUGCUGUGCGAAUGAAACAGCUGAGUGUCAGUGCUGAGUCACUCACUUCUGAAGGAUGUAAGAUCAUUGAAUAAAAAAUACAUUUUUACCACAA